AGAGUGGGGAAGAGAUGGGUGCGGGAGAGAGAAUGGGGAGCAGUGGUAAGGAGGAGAGCAAUGAGCAGCAGAGCAUGCGAGAGGAGGGUGUGGAAGCAGGGGGGCAGUGGGAGAAGAAGAGUCAAGAGGAGAGCAGUCCGGAGGACGGGAGUUUAGAGGAGGGGAAUCAGCAGGAGGAGUGUGGGGAUUGGCCGACAGACGGCGCGUGUGAGCAGCAGGAGAGCAGUGGAGAGGGAAGGAGUGAGCAGGAGGGCAAUCAGGGUUGGUUGCAAGGCGGAGGUUUCCAGUGCUGGUGCUUGAACUUCAGGGGGCGAGUGACAGUGGCUUCAGUGAAGAACUUCCAGCUGAUCGAGGGGGGCGGGCCGGGGAACGACUCUGACAAGCCGUGUUGGUGCCUCAACUUCCGUGGCCGCGUGACAGUAGCAUCAGUGAAGAAUUUUCAGCUGAUAGAGGGGGGCGGGCCGGGGAACGACUCGGACAAGCCGGUGCUGCUGCAGUUCGGGAAGAUUGACAAGGACGCUUUUACUAUGGACUACAGAUAUCCACUCACGGCCUUCCAGAUUGGCAAGGACACGUUCACCAUGGACUACAGAUACCCGCUUACUGCCUUCCAGCUCAUAGAGAGGAGCGGACCGGGGAACGACUCUGAUAAGCCAGUGCUGCUGCAGUGUGGGAAGAUUGGCAAGGACACUUUCACCAUGGAUAACAGAUACCCGCUUACUGACUCCAGGUGGGUAGUGAAGUGCUGUUUCAUGUGGUUAAAAAUCGGUGCUCUGCCAGUGCUGCUGCUGCAGUUUGGCAAGAUCGGCAAGGACACAUUCACCAUGGACUACAGAUACCCGCUCACGGCCUUCCAGGUGGGUAGUGCUGCGUGUUCAGGGUGA